UUACGACGUCAGUUACGACGUGCAGAGGGCAAAGGUCAAAUCAGUAAUGAAGAUUUCGCCACCGUAGCAGCCUCACUCACUGUCGCACUUGUUUAUUAUUUUUAACGAGAACUUUCAGAAGCGCGUGAUCUGCACCACAGCCAAACUGGAAGAAGUCAUGGCACGUCUGGUAGCAGUUUGCAGGGAAGGGGAAGAGGACUACCCAUUUCUCGCCAGACAAAUUCCCCUGUAUAUUGAUGAUUCACUCACGAUGGUGAUGGAAUUUUCUGACAGUGUCAUGGAUGUUGACAGCCAAGAAAUAAACACGUCUCAUUGGAAACAAUUUUCUGAGUAUCACUCCAAGUUGAAGCAGCAGGACUUGAAUAUUGCCCUGAUGGUGACUUCCAGAGAGGUGUACAGUGCAUUAGCGCAGCUGGUGCCAUGCGUGGGCUGCCGACGAAGUGUGGAGCACCUCUUCUCACAUUUAGUGGAAUCGGGGAACCCAGCCCUGGAGCCCCUAACAGUAAAACCCAAGGGCAUGCUCUCUGUCACCAAAGCCUGUUUAGCAGAUGUUAAGAAGCUCUACACCCUCUUCUAUGUCCACGGGUCAAAGUUGAAUGACAUGAUUGAUGCGAUUCCAAAAAGUAAAAAGAACAAACGCUGCCAGUUGCACUCUCUAGACACACACAAACCUAAACCUCUGGGGGGAAGCUGGAUGGAUGUGUGGGAGCUGAUGUCUCAGGAGUGCAGGGAUGAGGUUGUCCUCAUUGAUAGUGCUUGUCUCUUAGAGACACUGGAGACAUACUUGCGUAAACACAGGUUUUGCACUGACUGUAAGAACAAAGUUCUGAGGGCAUACAACAUCCUGGUGGGGGAGUUGGACUGCAGUAAAGAAAAGGGAUAUUGCGCUGCCUUGUACGAGGGACUAUGCUGUUGCCCCCACGAACGCCACAUCCAUGUGUGCUGUGAGACCGACUUCAUCGCUCACCUCCUUGGCCGGGCGGAGCCUGAGUUCUCAGGAAGCUAUGAACGCAGAGAGCGACAUGCCAAGACUAUUGACAUUGCACAGGAAGAAGUCCUAACCUGUCUCGGUAUUCACCUGUAUGAGCGGCUGCACAGGAUCUGGCAGAAACUACGAGCAGAGGAGCAAACCUGGCAGAUAUUGUUCCAUUUGGGAAUUGAUGCACUACGCAAAAGUUUUGAGUUGGCCGUGGAGAAAAUGCAGGGGAUCAGUCGGUUAGAGCAGUUUGUCGAGGAGCUGUCCGAGGAGGAGAGGGCCAAAGAGCUGAAGCAGGAGAAAAAGAGGCAAAAGCGAAAAAAUCGUCGCAAAAACAAGUGUGGCUUUGACGUAACAGAACAGGAGGGAGAGGACAAGGAGAAGACUCUGGAUGAGGGUUCACUUGAGUCUGUGGAGGGCGAUUGCAAGGUCUGCGGUAGCCACGAUGAGGAGGCCGGAUGUGAUCAGAGUGCCGCCAAUGGAAGCACUUCCUGUAGCUGCCCAGACAACACCAAACAGGAUUUGUCUCCCCACAGCAAUGUUAGUGACUGUGGCUACUCCUCAAGUAUGGAGGGCAGUGAGACAGGAUCGCGGGAAGGCUCUGAUAUUGCCUGCUCUGAGGGAAUAUGCAACCAUGCAGGAGAUGACUCCAAUGCCCAUCACUGUGCUGAAGACAAGGAGGAGGAGGAGGAGGAGGGGGAGGAGGGAUUAGACAGCUGUGUGGACUGCUGGCCACACUCUGUGGAAAACACUCAAUGCAAGAGUAAAAAGAAGAAAAGGAAGGGCAAGGGUUUAUGCAACGAUCAGGAUGAGUCAGAAGUGGCUUCAGAUGAAGAGAAUUGUCUGACACAGGAUGAAAUCCAAGCAUUUUUGGAAAGAAACCAGUCCUUCUACAAUAACCGCCACCAGUACCGACAGCUCCUGAAAGAGAAGUUCACCAACUACUGCCGUGCCACUGAGCUGAGCAAGCAAGUCUGUGGAAAGUGGUUUACCACCACCAGUGUCAACUAACUGCACUAAUGGCAUCUUCCCUGGGAAAAACUCUUGUGACCACUGCUGCAACAACUUUAGAAAAGAUAAAAUUCUGAAGUACAUUUGAUGUCUUGUUCAGUCAUUUCUUCUUUGAAGUAAAUGUGAUUCUUACUUUCUGUUGAUCAUCUCUCUAUUUUGCACUUGUACACCAACACACUUUUCCAUUUAAUUUCUUGGCCACUUUCUCUCUUUUUACCUGUAAUUUUUCUCUUUGACCAAGCCUAGCUAUUUGUUGUAGGUCUUGUGUAGGGUUAUUGGGUAAGAGCACAGUGGAAUCACUAAUCAAGCUUUACAAGCGAUGACAUUAGGGAUACAUUUUAGGAGUCUUAGUUUAUGUUUUCUUUUUACAUUUCUUUUUUCUGUUUUGUUUCUCUUUGGUGACACUUUAGUGUAUUGGUAAAGGUUGUACCAUUAAAUGUGUACAGAAAUUCUAAAUAUAAAAGAUUUUACAGAGAAUAAACAUCCAUUUGUAAUAAGGAUUUGGGUGUGAUAAGAGCGCAAUGUGCAAAAUUGACGAAAUAAAGAAUAUUUAUUAAUAUGCAUUAUAAAUUUGUUGUGUUUUUUGACCUGUAUAUUCUGAUUUUAGAAGAUAGAUUAAUACUAAAGUUCUAA